AUGGUUUUUUGCAGGGGUGACUCCAAAUCCGUUAAGGCUAUCUCUGAUCUUUUAAAGGAUUAUGGCAGUUACUCUGGUCAACAUUGCAAUUGCACAAAAUCCUUGAUUUAUGCUGGAGGAAUGAGUCAGGAAAGGCAUAAAUAUCUGGCAGACAUCAUUGGGUUCAGCAGAGCUGUCCCUCCCUUCAUUUAUCUUGGAGUUCCCAUCUUUGUUGGAAGACCUAAAGCAGGCAACACUGAGAAGAAAAACAUUGUCACUGUGGCUUGGAAAGUUUGUUGCAAGCAUAAAAAUGAAGGAGGUUUGGGUAUUCUUUCUCUGAAGGACUACAAUCAUGCCACCAACAUUUAUCUAUGCUGGAAAUUUAUGAAUGAUAAUCAAAACUGGUCUCAAGUGCUGAAGGCCAGAGUUUUGAGAAAUGGGAGAAUCAUCAAGUGUGCAAUCAAAUCAUCUAUUUGGCAUGGGAUUAAAGAGGCAUAUGGAACUGUAAUGGAGAAUUGUAUUUGGAGUGUUGGCAGUGGUAGGAGGGUGAACUUCUGGAUUGAUAACUGGUUAAGGGAGCCCUUAGUUAAUACUUUUCAUAUAAAUGCUAAAUAUCACUUUGAUCUUAACUCUAUGGUUAGGAAUUGGUGGAUUCAUCAGGCCUGGUCCAUAAAAGAUAACAUUCUUCAAGCUCUUCCAAAUCAGCUUCCUCUUUUAGCUAAUGUUUCCAUCACUGAUGAAGAGAUUGAUGACUGUUUUGUUUGGAAGAAUACAAUAACUGGGCAUCUAUCUCUCAAGGAAGCAUUUAAUGUUGUAGUGAAUCCUAAACCCUGUUCUACUUGGAGAUCAUUUCCUUGGGAUAUUGAUACACCUCUAGCUCACUCAAUGAUAGUUUGGAGAUUUAUACAUAAUAAGCUUCCAACUGAUGAAAACUUGAAAAUCAGAGCAUUCUCCUUUCCUUCUCUUUGCAGUCUUUGCUUUUCUUGUUGUGAAUCUUCAUCCCACUUGUUCUUUGAGUGUAGCUUUGCUAAGCAUAUUUGGAAUUGGUUUGCUGGCAUUUCUCAAAUCUGA